AUAAAAUGACGGGUGGUUUAAAAAUAAACAUGAUACGUGUAAUACAUCAGCAGAUUUGAACCGCUUGGAUUCCUGAUUGUAAAACACUGAUGUAAAUUGGAGACAGAUCUUUGAACAAGAAGACAAAUAAGAUAAUAAUUCUAUAUAGAAUAUCACUAGAGAUGUCAUCAGUAUUCUGUGAGCCAUGUCAAACCGAAGACUUGUCAUCUCCUGCUAUAAAAUGGUGUACGAACUGUGAAGAAACAUUGUGUGUCGAGUGCGAAAGGUCACACAGGAAAAAUAAAGCGUCCCGAAAUCACGUAUUGGUCGAUCUUCUGUCAGCUAAAUCACUGCCAAAGGUUAAAGUCCAAGAAUGUUUGUCCCACGAAGAUCAGAAGCUCGAUUUAUUUUGUAUCGAUCAUGAUGAACUUUGCUGUAGGUUAUGUAUGACAGAGAACCACAGAACGUGUGCAAAAGUAGUUCCUGUAGAUCUUGUUGCGAAAGAUGUAAAAUCAUCAACAAUGGUUGUCCACGUGUUAGAACACGCAGACGAUCUUGUCAACUGCUUAGGAAAUAUUUUGUUAAAGGCAGAAAAAGAAAGUAAGGAAAUAGAUCGACAAGAAAAAGAAAUAAGUGAACACGUUUCUUCGUUUAAAAAGCAUAUUAUCGAUUUAUUGGAUGAGGCAGAGCAAGCGGUUCAUUCGGGCAUUGCAGAAAUUUGUACGAAACAACGGACAAAUGUUACAAAUAUUCAAGAACAGGCUCUUGAUCAGAAAACAAAAAUCGAAUCUUAUUUAACCAAUCUCCAGGCACUUUCAAGCACUGAUUCAAAUGCGCAAACUUUUCUUUUUGCACAUUAUUUAAAAUCAUUAUUAUCCGAGACCGAACGUUUGAUUGAAAGUAAAAGAUUAAGUUUUCACAGCCAAAUCCUAUCCUUUGAAACAAAUAAAGAUAUAUUGAGCUCUGAAAAUAUUCUAGGUGAGAUUGGUUCCACAAUUAAGUCCAAUGAGGUAAAUGUUCCACGCCAUGGUGCUCAGGCGAGUGGUAGCGCUACUGACAAUUCUACCAAGGAUAUUGUCAAAACACUUGAAUUCAAUUCGCUAAUCGAAUUAACUGGUUCAGGCAACGAACAAAUUCGAGGGAUUGCCGUUUCGAAAACUGGAAACAUUGUUUUGUGUGACCACAAGAGUUAUUAUGUUUUACUCUGUUCCGCAGAGUGUAAAUUUCUAGAUAAAUGCAAUGUUAAAAGACAACCAUGGAAUAUUGUAAUUCUGGAUGAACUUAAUCACGCUGUUGUUUCACUGACAGGAAAUAUACACAUUGCCAGUUUAGUCUCUGUUUCUGGACAUUUGCAAUUUAUUGACAUCAACACCAUGACAAGUUUACGAGAAAUCAAGCUUGAUUUUGUACCAUUAGGUCUUGCCUUAGCGGGGAACCAGAUUUUAGCGGGAACAUGGAACCAAAUAUAUAUUUUAAGUGCAAAUGGGUUGUGCGUAGGGUCGGCGAAAACAAACCGAAGCAGAUGCCCAGUUACGUAUAUUGCACCAAAAACGUCUAGUUCAGUAGAUGAUUUAUAUUACUCCACAUCAGACUUUUUACUGCUAAGUUCAGACGGAAAUACAAUACAGAGUUUCCCAUUUGUAACAGGUCGUCCAAGAGGGAUCGCUUUAGAUGAUCAAGGAUAUAUCUACUUGGCCACGACGGAGGGUCAACUUUUGAAAAUUUCUCCAGAAGGCAAACUAUGUGAUACUUUGAUAGAAGGAUUUGAAGGAUACGGAAAUUUGUGGGCAAUAUCGUUUAGUAAUGACUAUAAAAAGCUGUUUGUUGUAACAGGGAACGGAAGUUCUGUGUCUGUGUUUGAACUGAAAUAAACUGUAACAUUAUAU